UUAACUGAAACAUGAUGCAACCGUAGUUUUGUGUUACGGGUACUGUUUUAUACCGACAUGUAAUGUACGUUAUUUGGGAAGCCUUACUUUCUUCGGGCUAUGAUUAAGUAUGUUAAAUAAUUCUUAAUGUAAAUUGGUGUCGUUGUGCGUAAAUAAGCGUUUAUUCGCCAGUGAUAUUAACAUAUUCAUUUAAAUGUGAAUGAGGUGAGGAUGGAUGCUCGGUGACCUAAUACAGACAUGUCACUCGAACUCGCACCGCCACGACACCCGGAGUCCUACCCGUAAUCCCUAGUGCGCACAAUCUAUCACUAAAUAACAUACUAUAAUCAUUGAAUGCGUAAUCGUUAUUUUGAUUAAAUUCUGCGUUAUCAAAUAAUAUUUUAUAAUUUGUGUUGAUUAUAACUACGUCAUAGGUCAGCCCACAAUCUUAUCAUUUACUGUUUAAAUGUUUGUGCUUUACAUCCAGUGAAGUCAGUUAACUUCGAGCCAGUUAUGAAAGUACAUCUUCUAAAUAUUUUUUUGAGAAGUAGUUUGCUUUGAUAAAAUUACCGAAAAUUUAAAGUGAAAAGUAUCUAAUACUUUUGUGUAUAAAAGUUUUCUGAUUUUAAAUUAUUAUUUAAAGAAUAUCAGUGUGGAACUUAAAAUGCCUUUGCGUCGGAGCAAGGUUCUAGUGAAAUGGAUAUUCGAGAACCAGCACAAGUUGCAGACAGUGCGGUGCUGCAGCUCCUCGCUGCGGUACAAGGAGCUUGAGGAGAGCGCGGCGGCGGCGCCCGAGCCCGCGCCCGCGCCCGCCCCCAAGCCACGCCCCGAUAUCACGCCUGAAAUCUCGUUCAAGUCCGAUGACCUGCAGGUCAGGCUCGCCGCGCCCUAUCAGCUACAGCCGAAGCCAGAAGCGGCGGACCUCGGAUUCGGGAAGUUCUUCACCGAUCACAUGCUCAAAGUACCUUAUCAGAAACAACUGGGCGGGUGGCAGAAACCAGAAAUAAUGCCCUUUGAAAAUUUAAGCAUACACCCGGCAGCUAAAGCUCUUCAUUACGCAAUACAGCUGUUCGAAGGAAUGAAAGCAUACCGCGGCAGAGACGACAAGAUCCGGUUGUUCCGGCCAGAUCUUAAUAUGGAACGAAUGAACCUCGCGGCGCAGCGCUCGGGGCUGCCCACGUUUGACGGCGAUGAGCUCAUCAACUGCAUCAAGCGCCUCGUGCAGAUCGACCAGGAAUGGGUCCCGCACUUGGAAACCUCCAGCCUGUACAUACGACCUACAUUAAUAGGUGUUGAGCCGACAUUCGGCAUCCAGGCGCCGGAGCAGGCGCUCCUGUUCGUGAUCCUGAGCCCCGUGAGCGCGUACUACAAGACGGGCGGCGACGGCGCCGUGUCCAUCUACGCCGACCCCAACGUGGUGCGAGCCUUCCCGGGAGGCGUCGGCAACCGCAAGGUCGGCUCCAACUAUGGACCAACCAUAGAGGCGACGGCCCGUGCGGCAAAGAUGGGACACCACCAAGUAUUAUGGCUCUUCGGACCCAACCACGAGUUGACUGAAGUGGGAGCUAUGAAUGUAUUCAUGGUUUACAUCAACGAUCAAGGAGACAAACAGUUGAGUACGCCGCCACUGAACGGGCUAAUCCUGCCGGGAGUGACGCGGCGAUCCAUUCUGGAGCUGGCCAGCCAGUGGGAGGACCUCACGGUCAAGGAGGAGGUCAUCACCAUGAACCGCGUCGUCGAGUUGAACGAACAAGGACGACUUCUGGAGAUGUUCGGCGCGGGCACGGCGGUGGUGAUCAGCCCCAUCAGCCGGGUGGGCUUCCUGGAGCAGAACAUCGCCAUCCCGACCAUGAGCCAGCCGCAGCCUGUCUACCGGCGCGUGCGCGACACGCUGCUCGCCAUCCAGUAUGGACACAUAGACCACCCCUACGCCCGCGUCAUAUCCUGAGCCCAACCCCAGUGCACCGACACCGAGCGUUGUGCCCAAUAAAUAUUCACGAGACAUUCUAUGCCGGACGAUUGUGUGUGUGUGCUAGGUAUUUACGAUAAACUGAGGUUACGCGAAACGAGUGUGCGGGCUGAAACUUUUUGAAUUCGGCGCGCUCUAUCGCGUGUUCGAUAUCGCCGCAGCCCCUCGCCGGGCCUUGUGAAUGUUUAAUAUUUAUUCGUUACCGUCCUUGCGUCGGGUGACCGCCGCUUUGUGAACUUGUGGUGCGGUUCGUGGCGAUUUAAAUUUUAGAAAUUGUCGUCUAGUUUUUUACUAUGAAAUGUGAGCGACUCGACGUUGUUUAUUAUACUAAAAAGUAGGAAACGAUGGUUGCGAGAUCGUUGACAAACGGACUAAUUAAGAUUUUAGGACAAUGUGUGCAAAAGCACACAGCGAAGACGACGCUUAGGACUGUACUAUAUGUAGGAAUUGUUUUAUGUAACUUAUUCUAUAAUAAUGUGGAGUUUUUGUAAAUAUUACAAUAUGUAUAGUAGAUGACUAGGCUUAGGUAAAGAUACAUAUCAAAUAAUGAUUCUAAUUGGAAAACCACUGAUACCUUAUCUGUUAUUCUGCCGAGUCAUUAAUCAGGUUAAUUAAGAAAUUGUGACUUUUGCAGCAAUGCAAACGUCUCGAUCAAGUCUCGAUACAGCAGCAAUACAAUCUUUUAAAUAGUCUACAUUUGCAGCUUUAAUUU